AUGAACAGCAACGUCGGCACGACCAACAGCGUCUCAUCACACUCCUACACAGAUGACCGACUGCCUACUGCGCCUGCGUUGUCGGAGCUCCUCCGCCCUCGCUGUCUUUCUCCUCAGGUGAGAGACCAGUCGUCGUGUUUCGUACACCGGUUGCAGUCGACGCUCAUCUCUACGCAUGACGAUUGUUGGCGUCAAGUCUGGCUCGGAGACACUCGUGCAAUUGACGGAAUAGCCAUGACGAACGAGGAGCCGACGAGCUUGACCAAGUCGCUGUUUGCUGUACAGCUCGAGGUGACCGCGAAGCUGCUGGAGGCCGAGCAUCGCAAGAUGGAGGCACUCAAGACGGAGCUCGAGGCGGGACCGCACAUUGAUAGUCCGAGUGUGAUGACGGGUGACAGUCUCGAGCGACAGCAGCAGAAUUUCGGACGUUUACAGAUGCAGUACGAUCGUUUGAAUAAGGAGUAUCAGGCUGCUGCUGCCAGUGUUUUCCGUAAGGCAACGCAGCCACAGAAAUCCCAGCGUAGUGUGCCAGCACUCGGAAUGAAGCAGACGGCGAAAGCGAGGCCGAGCAUUUUCGAUUCGAUAGCAAGUGGGCAGCAGCCGGCAAAACACAGUCGGAGGAAACCGAGCUAUGGAGGAAACAGUGAUGGUUUCUUUGUCUCUCCGACGGGAAGUGAAUCGUCUUUGACAUCAGAUAUGCCAGAUGAUGGUGACCAGAAAUAUUUGUAUUAUGAUUCUGAAGGAGACCUUGUCUCGGGCACUGGCGAUGCAUUAAUUGAGCAUUUCAUACCGACUCCGAGUCAUUAUCCAGAUCGGGUGUUCAUCUUUGCAUUUCUUCUCUGCUCUCGUCUGUUUGUCAAACCUUACGAGUUGUUAUCACGAGUCCUUCGCACUUUCCAUGCUCAAUACGAAGCCUACAAGUCAUCUCACUUCAACGAAGAAAAGAAUCCGGGCACAAAUGUCGUACAGCUACUUAGUGAAUGGACAGAAACGUUUGCCUAUGAUUUCAGAGACGAACGCAUGAUGAGAAGUCUAAAGGAGAUCACACAACUAUGUGCUACGAUUAACGUUGAACUGAGACGGAAUGUCGGUCAGGUGAUGCAAGGUCUUAUAAAAAAGCUCGCGACACUUGACAAAUACGAGGAGAUGCUGUCUCGAGCGAAUGCAGCCGCCGCUGAGAAAAGAGAAAUGCAGUCGACACGAAUGAACAUCAUGGAGAUGUGUACAGACCCACUCAUUCUUGCCCAACAACUGACACACAUCGAAGCCGAACGAUUAUGUAACAUAGGACCCGAGGAGUUCGUACAGACAUUCUCAGAGGAGGCAACCGCGGAUGGAACAGCAUUUCGAGACAUGAAGAAAACGACGAACCUCGAGGCAUAUGUCGAAUGGUUCAAUCGACUCACAUACCUCGUCGCCACCGAAAUCUGCUACGUGCAGUCAACAAAGCAACGUGCACGUGUCAUCGAAUACUUUGUCGAUGUAGCAAGAGAGUGCUACAGUUUCUGUAAUUUUAACUCGUUCAUGGCAAUCGUAUCCGGCCUCAACAUGACACCCGUGUGUCGUCUCAAGAAGACGUGGGCAAAGGUAAACACAACUGACUUCGAUACGUUCGAGACCCACAUGAACCCGUCCCUCAAUUUCUCCAACUACAGAACAGCACUGGCCGAAGCACCGAGCACAGGCGAAGACGACAAGUGUGUCGUACCCUUUUUCUCACUUCUUGUAAAAGACAUUUACUUUCUUAACUAUUCCACGAAAAGUCGGCUACCAGACGGUCAAAUCAACUUUAGAAAAUUUUGGGAAUUGGCAAAGAUUAUCACCCAGUUCUUGUCAUGGAAACAAGCGUCCUGCUCGUUCAUCAGACACAAGACCAUUCUGAAUUACCUAAUGACUAUACCCGUCGCUUCGGAGGAUAGACUGUACUUGGCAUCGAUGGAUGCUGAGAUGCCGGACUCACAAUUCGAGAAAGAAAGGCAUCGGGCACUGAAACAGAAACUAGCAGGAAGAUAGGAACGCGGCAAUAGCUGAUUAGUCGUUUUAUUAUUAAUGUCUUAAAACAGAAUGCCUCUGUGCAGCAUGGCAAUGGAUUUUUUGUAUCAUUCGGU